AUGCCCGGCAGCACCAGCAAUCUUGGCCCACUGGCCGGCUUGCCAGCCGCGCCACGAUCAAAGAGGCACAACGGACUGUCUGCAACGGUGCUCGUCGUGGUCCUCCUCAGCCUCCACGCGCCUUUUGCCGCCGGCCGGCAGCCAUGGGGACGCGACCUCCAGAGGUCGAGAGGUCGCGUGUCAACCUCACGCCCUCAAACUACCCCUUCAUCCAGUGGAAGCAGCUUCAGCGGGCCCACCACCAGCGGCCACAGCUCAGCGUUUGGAAGUGGAGCGGCUGCUGCACUCGGCUUCGGCAACGGUAAUUCGAUCUUCGAGGACCCCACGGUCAAGAGUCUGACCGAAGAGAGCGACGGUGCAGAGGACCAGCAGAAGCAGAACAGGGCGCAGGCCGACGACGCCCGGGUGUCGGAUUGGGUACUUCCCGUGUUGAUACUGCUGGCAAUCCUCGUGGCCGUCGCCGCGGUGGUGGCGUGCGCCGUGAGGCGCCGCAGGGCCAAGCACAGGGCCCUUUCGGUGUCCCAGACGCUGGAUUCGGAGUGCCGUAUGCCGAACGACGAGUCGAUUGGCGAAGGUUUUGGAGGUGCCCAUGAAUGA